GCACUGCAGACCCUUUACGCACGCAGAGCGCACAGAUAGUGCAGGGCUACGCAUGGGGGGUCUCUCUCUUUCCGAGUCGACCUUGGCCGCUGCGUCCACACUGGAAGCUCCACUGCUUUGGCAAACCCUCCCGAUCCCCCCACCAAAUCCCUCUCUUCAGCUUUCAUGUGAAGAAAGAGCGCAGCGUUACGUCAGACAGUGCGGGGUAAACGAGAGCGCGUCUUUGGGCUAUUCGUGGGCACUGCUGCCAAACUCAGCUUGGGGCAGCUCACCACUUUACUGCGGCCAAUGCACAUUGAAAAAUCCAGUUUUUUUAAAAAAAAACAGCGGCGCUAUGUGGAACCCUAGCCCCAUUCCGGAGGUAACAUGGGACACAGGCUUGAAGGAGAUGAACGAGACGUGGAAAGGAGCGAUAGCGUGUCUCGGGGUGGCCGUCUUCUUUGUAAUGACGAUUGGGAUCAUUUACUGGCAAGUGGUGGACCAGCCCAACAAGAACUGGAUCCUUAAGGGGACUUUGAGCGGACUGAUCUGGGAGAGAAGAACCCACUCCUUGGUCAUCCAGACGCUAACCGAGGACAAGACCUACGUGGAGAUAGAUGUCGAGAACGUGGGGAACCCUGACCUGGAGGUCCCAUUUGUGAGGAACUUGUGCUGGCUCAACAAGACCGAGUUCUGCUACACAUGGGACGCAGUAGCUGAGAUCAAAAUCUCUCUGGAUGUGAACGAGGACACCGGGACCGAGUGCUACAGCAUGACCUGGACUCCGGUGCAGUGCCAUGUGCAGCUCAAGGACUGCUUCUCCAUGACGAACGUAUCCUGGUAUGGCGGCGCCAGUGUGAACGGUCAGACGUGGCCUAUUAAUGAUCAAAAUGCCACUGUGCAGCCCUUUGUUGUCAGCGAUCUCAAGGAGAAUCCCUCAGGUUUCGGCUCAGCUCUGGAGCGAUACUUCCUCGGCUCAUCAGGUGUUGCAGUGCUGGUGUCUCCAGACAUCCCUCUGCAGUUGGGCUUGGAGAGCAGACAACAAUUCUGCUUGCAAUCACUGCCCAGUAUGACACUUCUGCCCUUGCAGUACACUGUUUGCGUGGCCAACAAUGUGAAGGCUGUACACCAAGAAGCAAUGCAGCAGCUCUCCCAGCUCACUCGGGAGAUACCCGACCUUAAGGCGCUGUGGCUCCCAUCCUGGAAGCUCCUCAGCAACGUGGAUUCAGGGUUGAAGGUGGAGAGGGAGCUGAGGACCUUCUCUAACCGUCUUAGAAGACACCAGCUAGGGGAUGGAAUCAUCAGCCUUAAUGAACAUUCCACCAACCUCCUUUCUGAAAUGGACCAGGACUACCUCAAUAGCAGGAAGAGGGGGGCGUCUAAAAGACGCAGCACCGACCUCCCACUUGUGAAGCUUCUUAACAUUUCCGUCACUCUGUCCCCUUUCCUGAGCGUGGACACCACGCAGUUCCAUACAUCUCUUAUGGAUGGUACUGAGGCCUUCUGGCUUAGUCUUCCCUCCGCACCACAUGGACAGUUGGUCCCUUUGAUGACUCAGUGGGGAGGGAAAUUCUGCGUAAAGCUGAAUGUCACAAACCCCGGAGCCGUGAGCUGGUUCCUGGACAGAGUUGGAGCCAUACAGGCCCAUUUGGGAAUGGAGUAUAUCCUGCUGGAAGGGGGUGAGAAGAAUCUCUUUGAGGAGCAGGCCCUGCGGUCACCGGAGGCUCUAGGUGGGGACACAUACAUCAGCAUACUGGCUGAUGUGGCCGCCAGAAUUGGAGACUCCACUAUCAUGUCAGCGGGGACAAGGUCUAGCCACAAACCAGUGUUUCUCAGGAUGACUCCUCUUCAAUCUGACUGGAGCCCAAUGGGUCUGAAGGGGAUCAUUCCUUGUCUGCUGCACCACACUGUGCUGGGAUACAACUUCCUCAUUCCCGAUGCAGUAGGUGGAUCACUAUCUGGAGAUAUGGUCACAGAUGAGGAGUUGUACAUUCGUUGGCUGGAGAUUGUGUCCUUCCUCCCGGUAAUCAGUUUCCAUACACCCCCAUGGGUCUGCGGAGAGGACUGGGUGCUAAACUUAACACGGGUAUACAUAACAAAGCACCAGAGGGAUGUGGUACCACUCAUUGAAAAGUAUGCCGAAGAGUGGCAGGAGACGGGAAGCCCCAUCUAUCGGCCCCUGUGGUGGCUCAGUCCAGAGGAUCCAGUGACCUUCACCAUCGAUGACCAGUUCCUCAUUGGAGACGAGGUUCUGGUGGCACCGGUGGUGGAGAGGGGAGCAGUGAAGAGGGACAUUUACUUACCUGACGGGGGCUUCCAAUGGGAGGACAGUCAAAAUGCUCAGGUGUUUGAUGGAGGGACGCUCCUGGAGGAUUACCCUGUGCCUUUAGAGGCGGUGGGUGUCUUCUUACGGCGAAGAUGAGUGACAGGUGACUCAUCCUGUUACUGUCUGCUAUCAUUUUUGAAACACGUGCUGUUUUAAACUUGCACUCUUUCCACAAGAGACCAUUCACCCUGCCUCAAUGCCAUGAAUUGAGACAACUUGUAAAAAUAUAUCUUUAUACUUGCACUUUACAGUUCAACAUGAUUUCUAAUUUUGUUUUCCUUUAGGUGUAUUUUCUUCCUUUUUUUUUUUAAAGACUGUUAAUCAGUUUUACCUCUUAGCUGAUUUCAAUUUGAUUUUUUUUGGUCUGCUUCUUUGUAUGUGAGUUCUGGAGAAAUCUGUGCGUUUACAUACGUUUUUUUUUCUACAGUCUAUACAUUUAUUAGCUGCUGCUGUCUCUAUUGACGAGGAGCAAAGCAAGACCCUUGUUGCUUGAAAUAUCUCUCAAGAAGACCAAAUGAAGUGAAAUGAAAUGAAUGGGCUUAAUUGAGGGAACGAUAGCUUACAGGAAGAUUUGUGCAGACACAAUGCUUGCUCACACAUUUUGAAAGAAGGCUUUUACUUGAAUUUCUUGAGCCACAGGGCUAAUGUUUGAAUGAAUGUACCUCACCCUCAAAUUGUCACUGUUUUUCGGACUCAACGGACAAAGUACGUAUAACCCCUUGCGACCUACUAUUAAUACACAGUAAUGGUAUUAGAUCAGUGUACCACUCUGUUGACCUAUGAAUGUCCUGUAGUACUGUAGGCCACAUGAACAUGAGGCCAAGUCACUGAUAAUUGUAAUAUUUUCAAUUCCUUUGAACCUGUUUCUAAUAUGCUGCAGCGAGGGCUUUUAAUGGCCAUCUUUCGUAUUUUUAUACACUACCGUUCAAAAGUUUG